AUGUCUGCGAUCUAUGAUAACUGGGAGAGGCUGGUGGCUGCUGCUAUAAAGAAACAGCAGAUAUGGGAGCUCUGCCAUCGAUCUUCUAGCACCCUCUCCGAUGCUUCGUAUCUGUCUUCUUCCUUUAGCGAUCCGAGCUUCGAAAUUUCAAGAUCACACAAGCUGGUUCUGGUCUCACAGUUUUGCCCUGCUUUUGAUGUCGAAGAUGCAGCCUUGGCUUCUGUGAAGUUGCUCGGGGCCGGAACCUUUGGGAGUGCGUACAUGGCUAUGAUCGAGGAUCAGCCAAGAUUUGUGGUGAAGAGUCUCAGGUCGGAGGGCCAAACGGCAGAUGUAGACUGGGAAACCAGAGUAAAAAUUGCCGUUGGCAUUGCUGAAAUACACAAAAAACUUGGCGGGAUGCUUGUCUAUGGAAACAUUAAGGCAUCAAAUAUUUUUCUCAAUCAACAACUAUACGGCUGUGUAUCAGAUUUCGUCUUGUCAAACAUGAUGAAAUCUAGACUCAAACCAACUUCAUCAGAUGUGUAUAGCUUAGGAAUUCUGCUACUCGAGCUUCUAACUAGAAAGAAUCCUGCAGCUGUUAACCUAGUCAAGCUGGUUAAUUCAGUUAAAACUAAUGAGAGGGCUGCUAACGUUUUCGAUCCCGAUCUAUUGAAGCAUCCUUCCAUCAGUGAACAGAUGAUUAAAAUGUUGCAAAUAGGAGUUAAAUGUGUCGCUAAUUCAGCAAAAAAGAGACCUAAAAUAUCUGAAGUGGUGGAGAUGUUGGCGGACAUUGACAUAUUGAACCGAGUGAGCCGCUCUUUGGACUCAACGAGCCGGGAAGGAAAACUUGUAUUUGUUGAGGAUGUUAAUGUAGAUCCUAUAUUUGAGAUUGAGCAUUUACUGGAGGCUUCUGCUGAGGUGGUUGGGAAAGGAUCAUUCGGGAAUAGUUACAAGAUAACACUCAACAAUGGAAGUGUAGUUAUGGUGAAGAGAUGUAAAGAUGUGAAUCCAACAUUCAAGGAUUUUCAGAAUCAUGUCGAGUUAUUUGGAAAAAUGAAUCACACAAAUAUCGGUAGAUUAAAGGCUUUUUACUAUUCAAGGUAUGAAAAGCUUUUGUUGUAUGAUUAUUACACUCAAGGCUGCAUAUCUUCGCUACAUGGGAUAAGAGGUGAUGACUGGGUGACCAGAUUCAAGAUUGCUCUUGGAGCAGCAAGAGGUAUCGCUCACGUCCACGGACAAGAUCAGAAGCUUGUGCUCGGAAAUAUAAAAUCCUCCAAUAUUUUCCUCAAUGACCAAAAUCAUGCCAUUGUGGCCUUUGAUGCUGGAUUGGCAAAUCUGAUAAGUCCCGAGAGGCUGCCAUGUGUACUAGAUUCGGUCUACUGUGCCCCGGAAGUAAGAAACGUGGGGGGAGUGUCACAGGCUUCUGAUGUCUAUAGCUUUGGAGUUGUUCUGCUUGAACUUUUUUACGGAGAAUCAUCUCAAGACUUUCCAAUACCAAAGCUCUGA